GGGCGGAAGAGCUUGUUUGUGUUUUGGUUCUGAGGGGAAGUUGCGAGAAGAAAGAAAGAAAAGGAGGAGACGUGACGGGAGUGUUGAAAUCAUUCUUCUUGGUACCUCUAACACCACCAACACCACCACCAUAGUGUCCCGGGCUCCGUGUGUGUGUAAAUACUACACCAGUGGUAUUUAAAGUUCACAACCUCGUCUGUCUCUCAGCAGAAGUCCUGAUAGUGAGGUUUGGCACACAGCAGGACACCGGGGGAUCUGACUAGGUCAUGGCCAAUCGGGGAGGAGCUACGAGACCCAAUGGACCCAAUGCAGGGAACAAGAUCUGUCAGUUUAAGCUGGUGCUGUUGGGGGAGUCAGCCGUUGGGAAGUCCAGCUUAGUGCUCCGCUUCGUCAAGGGUCAAUUCCAUGAAUUCCAGGAGAGCACGAUAGGAGCUGCCUUCCUCACCCAGACGGUGUGUCUAGAUGAUACAACAGUGAAGUUUGAAAUCUGGGACACUGCAGGUCAGGAGCGUUACCACAGUUUGGCACCCAUGUAUUACAGAGGAGCACAGGCCGCCAUCGUGGUCUACGACAUCACAAACGAGGAGUCCUUUGCACGGGCAAAGAACUGGGUGAAGGAGCUGCAAAGACAAGCCAGCCCUAAUAUAGUCAUCGCUCUGUCAGGCAACAAGGCUGACCUAGCCAACAAGAGAGCUGUCGACUUCCAGGAUGCCCAGUCCUACGCAGAUGACAACAGCUUACUUUUCAUGGAGACAUCGGCCAAGACCUCUAUGAACGUGAAUGAGAUAUUUAUGGCUAUUGCAAAGAGAUUGCCGAAGAGUGAUCCACAGCCUCCAGGACCCAACAGCGGGCGGAACCGGGGGGUGGACCUGACGGAAGCCGCCCAGCCAGCCAAGGCUCCGUGCUGCAGUAACUAACGUGAAGAACGCCUUCCCUCCAACCAACCUGUUAGAGCAGUAACUAAUGCGGCCGAUGCGCUGAAUGCCACCGCAGUUACUAAUGCAAUGUGUUGUACUCUUAUCUCCAAUUCUCUGAUCUGCAAAACAAGAAAAGACAUCCUGUGCCCCAACCCCGCCCCCUUCUUUUUGCAGUAACGAAGUCAAUGCCAUUACACUGAUCUCUCCACAUGGCUCCGUCUCUUUUCCUCCAUUGUGGUUCUGCUGCUACCUGGUUAAGCCUCCUAACCAUUCUUUCCUACUUUUCUGCCAUCCAGCUUGUUACAUCUAUCAGUUAUUAUUGAUAGAAUCUAUCAGUUAUUAUUGAUAGAUUAACGAUAGCAGAUGAGCAGAUAUUAGAGACAUAAAUGCAUCCCUGCCUUCCAUCAUCUUCCUUCCAAUGUGUAGAUAGGAGUUUCAUAUAGAGGAAGUGGUUACUUCCUUUUUUUGUGGGAUAGCUUAAGACUUUACUACUGCAUUUCUAAUACCAGUAUUCUGUUUUUGUUCAGUUCAGUUUUUUUUUAAUAAUUUCUUUCUUCUUUUUUUUGAUAAUUUUGUUACUUAUUAUUUGCUAUAAUUUUCUCAAAAUUAUGGAUGCACAAACUGUAUACUUACACGGCCUAAAAUAGAAAAAAAAACAUUUUGCCUGCAGUAGCACAGAAAAAAAUGUCUAUUAGAGAAGAGGAGGCGUAUUGUUGUGAAUCUGAGAAAGACGAGAGAGAGAAAAACAGGGACCCUAAGCUCCACACCUCUUUCUUGUCACUUGGACCCUUUUAUCUUAAAGUUUAAAACCAUUUGUGGGGUGUCGUCUCUUUAGACCCUCUCGCUCUGACUUCCUCUGCCUGCCCACACUAGUGUACAUUCUCUAAGGCUCCAUUCUAGGGCCAUGCCUGCUUCUAGCUGUCCCUAGUGGCAUUGUGCAAUGUUUCACAGUAUUUACUCUGUGACUUGAGUGUCUGCAAGGACCAGUGCAGCACAGCAAACCUCCCUGUUCAACCCAGCUUUCUCCACAACAAGGCGCAGCGGCCUCUGAGGUACACACCAGUGUCACCACUUUUCCACCUCCUGAUGUCCUUUUCACAAAUCUUGUGUAGACCAUCUGUUUGUGGUUAUACUUGGGUCUCUUGGUUUCUGUCUUUGGGUGAUUUAGUUUUUAAGCAGAUUACCUUUUUCCAUUGUGUUAAUGUUGCUGGACCGCUUCUGGGUUUUGCAUCUGGUAAUAAGCGAUGGCGAUGGUGAUGGUGAUGGUAGUAUGAGUUGGGAGUUGCAAUAUGUAAAGGCUGCUGCAUGAUCACCUUUGAAUCAUAAUUAUUUGUCAUCUUCUCUUGUUUAGGAAGUGCUUUAGACACAGUCGUGUGUCAGUGUGUACAAACUGGGCCUGGGCUGGCUGGCUGGUGACAGAUUUUAUCCAUAGACUCACUCACACGUGCCCAUUUAUGUGUGUGUGUGUCUGUGUGUGUGUGUUUGAACACACAUUUGCACAUGAACACACACAUUACAUUGACUUCUUCCCUCUGAACUCUGUCAGACCCAAACAUAAUUGUACAUAAGCACACACACACACACACACAGUCUGUUACACUUCUCCCUCACUUAUGUUGAGCACACACUUUUUUCCCCAUCUCACCCCCCACUAAACAUUGUUACACACAGCGACACACACACACACACACACACACACAUAUAUACAUAUACAUAUACAUACAUGUGGUCGAUAACUCUUUUUACAGGUCUUACUCAUGCCUUGCACUAAUGAUGCUCAUGAAUAUAUCUUGUCAUAAUUACAGCCAGUGUGAUAUAAAUAUAUAUAUAAAUAUAAAUAUAUAAAUAAUAUACUGUAAAUAGGGUGUUGCAGUGUAGUCUACCUUUUUUCGAUUUACCAGUGACAGGACUAAUGCUUGCUCGGGAGUUGUCUAGAUAAUCAAAAAAAACUGUACAGUUGGCAGAAAAAAAACAGCUACAAUCUGGGUUUGGAGUUUUGUUGCUGUUCCUUUUUUUUCACACAAAUUGUUAAAUUCUAAUCAGUGGUGGCCUUUAUAAAUGUAUGUAGUGUUAUUAACAAAAAAAAUGAAAUUGCAUUUAUUUAGUUGUCUGUCUUGUAUCUUUUUUCUCAAAAGAAAAAAAAUAAUAUCCAAAAAUUUUGGUUUCUAUUUUUUAACAUUAUCUCUUUCUUGCAUUUCACUAAUUCUUUUGUAGUGGAUUACUUGUCCAGUACUCCUCCGUGUAAGUACACCCGAACUUCCAGAAACGCUGGUUGUAAAAGCUCCAGAGGAGUCGAGACACAAUACAAAACAGUUUGAUGAAUUAACCGACUGUCUGCCCCUCCGCUCCAUAACAUCUCAGUAACCUUGUGACAACAUUGUAGGAACAGUGUAACAACUAUCAGCUGGCACGAUGGUGAUUCAUGAAUAAAUGAAUUAACACAUAAUAAGGAUGUAAAUUGUAUGUUUUUUGCCGUGAACACUUAAUUGCAGCCGAAAACAUUUAAAUGCAAGCAUUUUACAGUACUGUUAUGUAAUGACCAAAUAAAUACUGAAAUAAA